UAUUGAAGUUAUGUCGGUCGUUCAUAUUGGACAACGACCGAGUCUUGAGAGACUCAACCGAUGAACGACCACUUAAUCAAACGCAUAUCGUAGGGCGUAGGCUAGGAGAUGAAGUGAAGGCAGUCAUACGUCUAAUGUCUUGGUGGACUUGGAAGCUUGGGGGUAAACGAGGAUCCAAAAUCCAACCACCAAGUUUCAUGCUACUGCAUUAUAGAAUACGCCGGCCUGAAAAUUGAAUUACCAUUCUUAUCCUUUUUACCUUUACACCCGCCUGAGAUCCGACUCCUCCCUUGCAAAUUUCUCUCUCUCUCUCUCUCUCUCUCUCUCUCUCUGCAGAUCAGACCUUCAACACCCUGAGUAAUACGGAAUUCUCUCUUUGGCACGUAAAACGCCGGCAUCAGAUCUGUGGCGCCAUACCGGAUAUAUCUGCAAUCGGCAUUAAUGGGCAGAGAUUCAAAUUUAUAAAUUAUCUGCUAGGCAAUAAAAACCAUCACCAUGGCCGGAAAAAUGGACUCCUUUUCGAUUCGAGUGCCUUACAAGAAUAUCAAACAAGCUGAGCUCGAGCUGGUCGGUUUGGACGAUGCUCACCACCCGAUCGACCUUAAUUCUAGGGCUCCCAAUGGAACCUCGAAUGUUUCAGGUUCUUCUCCCUCUGCGCCCGGGCCCAAUUACAGCAAUUUGAAGACUUUGAUUCUCAGUUGUAUGGUCGCCGCGGGCGUUCAAUUCGGUUGGGCGUUGCAGCUUUCUCUUCUGACUCCUUACAUUCAAACUCUUGGAAUAGAGCAUGCCUUUUCUUCAUUCAUUUGGCUUUGUGGCCCUAUUACAGGCCUUGUGGUUCAGCCCUGUGUUGGUAUUUGGAGUGAUAAAUGCCAUUCAAAAUAUGGAAGACGACGGCCAUUUAUUUUGAUUGGAUCUCUUAUGAUCUCUAUUGCUGUUACAAUCAUUGGGUUUUCUGCAGACAUAGGAUACCUUUUAGGGGAUACAAAAGAGCAUUGCAGUAAAUAUAAGGGUACUCGAACAAGGGCAGCCAUUGUCUUCAUCAUUGGUUUUUGGAUGCUAGAUCUUGCUAACAAUACAGUGCAAGGACCAGCUCGUGCCCUUUUGGCUGAUCUUUCAGGACCUGAUCAACGAAAUUCAGCUAAUGCAAUAUUUUGCUCAUGGAUGGCUGUUGGGAAUAUCCUAGGAUUUUCUGCUGGUGCUAGUGGACAUUGGCACAGUUGGCUUCCAUUUCUAACAACUAGAGCUUGCUGUGAAGCCUGUGGAAAUCUGAAAGCAGCCUUCCUAGUUGCAGUUGUUUUUCUUACAUUCUGUACAAUUGUGACGCUGUAUUUUGCUAAAGAAGUGCCACUAGUUAGAAAUGAGCCCCAUCGCCUAUCAGAUUCUGCUCCUUUAUUGGAUGAAGUCCCAGAAUCUGGGAGUGAGCUGAGAAAAUCAAAUUCCUUUACGCCAAAUAAAGAGGAUCAAGGUAAAACUAUGGAUGGAAAUACACAGCAUAUUGACCUGAAAGUUGAUGAAAGCUUGCCUGAUGGACCUGGAGCAGUGUUGGUAAAUCUCUUGACAAGUUUAAGGCAUUUGCCACAUGGAAUGCAUUCAGUGCUUGUCGUCAUGGCUCUCAGUUGGCUCUCUUGGUUUCCAUUUUUUCUCUUUGAUACGGAUUGGAUGGGGAGGGAAGUUUACCAUGGGGAUCCAAAAGGGGAUGCCAAUCAGGUGGUAGCUUAUGAAGACGGUGUCAGAGAAGGUGCAUUUGGUUUGCUAUUGAAUUCAGUUGUUCUUGGAGUCAGCUCUGUUCUUAUUGAGCCAAUGUGUCAAUGGAUGGGUGCAAAAGUAGUAUGGGCUAUGAGCAAUUUUAUUGUGUUUGCCUGCAUGGCAGGCACUGCCAUCAUUAGUUUGUUUUCUGUUAGUGAAUACUCCAAAGGAAUUCAACAUGUCAUUGGAGGGAAUGAAAAAAUUAAGAUUGCUGCCCUGGUUGUAUUUGCUCUUCUUGGCUUUCCUCUUUCUGUAAGUUACAGACAUUCUACAGUAAUUUCAAUUCCUUUGUAUUUAUGCCUGCAUGGUGAUGUUGAAUUUAUAAGCAAUGACUUCAUUUUUUUUGGGCAGAUCACCUAUAGUGUUCCCUUUUCUGUCACCGCAGAGUUGACUGCCGAUACAGGUGGUGGGCAAGGAUUGGCCAUUGGAGUUCUAAAUCUUGCAAUUGUUGUUCCUCAGAUGAUUGUAUCUCUUGGAGCGGGUCCAUGGGAUGCUCUUUUUGGAGGAGGAAACAUACCUGCCUUUGUUCUGGCUUCUAUUUUUGCUCUUGCAGCAGGUAUUGUUGCAGUUCUUAAACUGCCAAAGCUUUCAAAAAAUUCCUACAAAUCAACAGGUGUUCAUUUUGGCUGACUUCCCUGCCCAAACAAGGCAAACACCAGCUUCAAGUCUGUAUGAUUCAGGCAACCAUGACAGCAGGUUCAACCCAUUUAUUGUGUAGGGAAUAGUUCCUACACAGUGUGUUCCAUUCAAAUUCAUUCAUUCUUUUCCCUUGUCCUGCUGCACUUGUAGAUCAGUGUAUAUUAUGUCAUUAUAUUGAUAUCCGGCAACUCCCAACAUAAUCACUCGAGCUUUGAUAUCUGGCUUUCAUAACCUGGCCGCUUGUAUCUGUUUUAACUUUUACGUGCUUCUACUUCCUCGGAUGUUAUAAAGUUGAUAGUGUAUGGAAUUGAUGGUGAUAUAAUUUUGAAGAAUUAUAUAGUAAAUACAUCAGCACAAUCAAGUGAUUGUACAUUGCGGUGGUUCAUCA